AUGACGGGCACGACGACGUUGCUGUAUGUCGUCAGCACCUCCCUGAAGUUCAAGAGCACGGGGGACGCGUCGCAGGUCGAGGCCGCGUCGAUCGCGCACUUCCUGAGCCUGUUCGGCUGCGACCCCGCGGCCCUCACGCUGACCGUCUCCCAGUCCGCCCCCUUGCUCUCAGCGUCCCCAGCGCCGACCGCGCUCCCCACGCCACGUCCAACCUCGGAGCCCGCCGCCCCCACGCCAGCUCCCACUGAGCAGGUCGUUGUUUCUGCCGAGUACACAGCGGACGAGACUCUUCCUUCGGGCGUUACUUCGUCUGACCUCAUGGCUUCCGCUGUCUACGUGGCCGCCAAAGAGACGGGUCUGUCCGCUGCCCUGUCCGUGCCCGUCUCUGACAUCACGAUCACAGGGUUCACCGUGGAUGCCCUGCGGCUCUUGGCAGCUGCCCGCCAGCUCUCGGGAACAGCCGCAGUCUCUGUGACCACCAGCUUCACGGUUCAGGUCUCCGGCCAGAGUGUUGCCGACGACCUCUCCACCACGAUUGCUGGAGCUGCCGACGACAUCAAGACCCAGACUGACAGUGCUAUGGCUGCUGCUGACUGGAGUAACGAAUCGUUGAUUACCGCCGCUCCUACGAUGACGACUCCCGACGUGGCGGUUGUGGUUGUGGCGCCAUCCCUGCAACCAACGCCGGCACCGACCGCGGCGCCUACGAUGGCGUCGCCUGCACCAUACCCGACGCCGCAGCCCGAAUCCGAGCCCGAACCCGAGCCCGAGCCCGAGCCCGAGCCCGAGGCGCAGCCCGAGCCGCAGCCGGAGGCGCCUACACCAGCACCAGCGCUGGCGCCUACGCCGGCACCAGCCGCAGCACCAACGUCCGCGCCGCAGUCGACACCAACGCCCGCGCCGACGUCGGUGCCGACUUCAGCACCACCACAGUCUUGCCCGACGGGGUGUUUUGCUAGUACAACAACGUGCGACUACUGGGUCCAGACCUACGGUUACACCUGCGAUACGUUGACCUUCUCCGGGUGCGACUGCAGUGGAUGCUUUUGCGGCCCAACGCCUGCACCCAUGCCUACUCCUGCUCCUACGCUACUCGACGGGUACGCCUCGCGCGCCGAGAUACCCAGCGGGUGCGAGCUCGCAGACGCCGACAAACGGGCCACCGACGAGACGUGCCUCUUCGACUCCCAGUGCUUGGGCGGGCGCUGCUGCCCAUACUACAAAGUUUGCCAGGACAGCGCUGGCGACGGCUACGGCGACUGGGUCGCACAGAACGACCCCGUCAUCAUGGAGGUCCUCGUCGGUCCCGAGUACGGCGGCUCGGGAACCCACGCCUGCAGCAACGGGUUCUGCAGGGCCUGUGACUUCGUGACGAGUGUUCCUCCGGCCGAUACUACCGUGUGCAACGAUUGGCUUGACGACGGCCCUGUGAUGACUACGAGCGGUUCUCUUUACAUCAACACCUACGGCUUGUGGGACCUCACGGACCCAGCCUGCAACUGCGGCCAGGGCUUCCUGGACAAGGUGAUGAGCGGCGAGUGGGUCCCCGCCUGCGGCAGCCCGACGCUGGUCCCCCCGACGGCGUCGCCUACACCAUACCCCGCGCAGGCGCCAACGUCCGUGCCAGCGUCUACGCCAGCACCAACACCGGCGCCGACGUCGUCACAGACCUUAGCACCAUCACAAGCUCCCACUGAGCAGGUCGUUGUUUCUGCCGAGUACACAGCGGACGAGACUCUUCCUUCGGGCGUUACUUCGUCUGACCUCAUGGCUUCCGCUGUCUACGUGGCCGCCAAAGAGACGGGUCUGUCCGCUGCCCUGUCCGUGCCCGUCUCUGACAUCACGAUCACAGGGUUCACCGUGGAUGCCCUGCGGCUCUUGGCAGCUGCCCGCCAGCUCUCGGGAACAGCCGCAGUCUCUGUGACCACCAGCUUCACGGUUCAGGUCUCCGGCCAGAGUGUUGCCGACGACCUCUCCACCACGAUUGCUGGAGCUGCCGACGACAUCAAGACCCAGACUGACAGUGCUAUGGCUGCUGCUGACUGGAGUAACGAAUCGUUGAUUACCGCCGCUCCUACGAUGACGACUCCCGACGUGGCGGUUGUGGUUGUGGCGCCAUCCCUGCAACCAACGCCGGCACCGACCGCGGCGCCUACGACGGCGUCGCCUGCACCAUACCCGACGCCGCAGCCCGAAUCCGAGCCCGAACCCGAGCCCGAGCCCGAGCCCGAGGCGCAGCCCGAGCCGCAGCCGGAGGUGCCUACACCAGCACCAGCGCUGGCGCCUACGCCGGCACCAGCCGCAGCACCAACGUCCGCGCCGCAGUCGACACCAACGCCCGCGCCGACGUCGGUGCCGACUUCAGCACCACCACAGUCUUGCCCGACGGGGUGUUUUGCUAGUACAACAACGUGCGACUACUGGGUCCAGACCUACGGUUACACCUGCGAUACGUUGACCUUCUCCGGGUGCGACUGCAGUGGAUGUUUUUGCGGCCCAACGCCUGCACCCAUGCCUACUCCUGCUCCUACGCUACUCGACGGGUACGCCUCGCGCGCCGAGAUACCCAGCGGGUGCGAGCUCGCAGACGCCGACAAACGGGCCACCGACGAGACGUGCCUCUUCGACUCCCAGUGCUUGGGCGGGCGCUGCUGCCCAUACUACAAAGUUUGCCAGGACAGCGCUGGCGACGGCUACGGCGACUGGGUCGCACAGAACGACCCCGUCAUCAUGGAGGUCCUCGUCGGUCCCGAGUACGGCGGCUCGGGAACCCACGCCUGCAGCAACGGGUUCUGCAGGGCCUGUGACUUCGUGACGAGUGUUCCUCCGGCCGAUACUACCGUGUGCAACGAUUGGCUUGACGACGGCCCUGUGAUGACUACGAGCGGUUCUCUUUACAUCAACACCUACGGCUUGUGGGACCUCACGGACCCAGCCUGCAACUGCGGCCAGGGCUUCCUGGACAAGGUGAUGAGCGGCGAGUGGGUCCCCGCCUGCGGCAGCCCGACGCUGGUCCCCCCGACGGCGUCGCCUACACCAUACCCCGCGCAGGCGCCAACGUCCGUGCCAGCGUCUACGCCAGCACCAACACCGGCGCCGACGUCGUCACAGACCUUAGCACCAUCACAAGCUCCCACUGAGCAGGUCGUUGUUUCUGCCGAGUACACAGCGGACGAGACUCUUCCUUCGGGCGUUACUUCGUCUGACCUCAUGGCUUCCGCUGUCUACGUGGCCGCCAAAGAGACGGGUCUGUCCGCUGCCCUGUCCGUGCCCGUCUCUGACAUCACGAUCACAGGGUUCACCGUGGAUGCCCUGCGGCUCUUGGCAGCUGCCCGCCAGCUCUCGGGAACAGCCGCAGUCUCUGUGACCACCAGCUUCACGGUUCAGGUCUCCGGCCAGAGUGUUGCCGACGACCUCUCCACCACGAUUGCUGGAGCUGCCGACGACAUCAAGACCCAGACUGACAGUGCUAUGGCUGCUGCUGACUGGAGUAACGAAUCGUUGAUUACCGCCGCUCCUACGAUGACGACUCCCGACGUGGCGGUUGUGGUUGUGGCGCCAUCCCUGCAACCAACGCCGGCACCGACCGCGGCGCCUACGACGGCGUCGCCUGCACCAUACCCGACGCCGCAGCCCGAAUCCGAGCCCGAACCCGAGCCCGAGCCCGAGCCCGAGCCCGAGGCGCAGCCUGAGCCGCAGCCGGAGGCGCCUACACCAGCACCAGCGCUGGCGCCUACGCCGGCACCAGCCGCAGCACCAACGUCCGCGCCGCAGUCGACACCAACGCCCGCGCCGACGUCGGUGCCGACUUCAGCACCACCACAGUCUUGCCCGACAGGGUGUUUUGUUAGUACAACAACGUGCGACUACUGGGUCCAGACCUACGGUUAUACCUGCGAUACGUUGACCUUCUCCGGGUGCGAUUGCAGUGGAUGCUUUUGCGGCCCAACGCCUGCACCCAUGCCUACUCCUGCUCCUACGCUACUCGACGGGUACGCCUCGCGCGCCGAGAUACCCAGCGGGUGCGAGCUCGCAGACGCCGACAAACGGGCCACCGACGAGACGUGCCUCUUCGACUCCCAGUGCUUGGGCGGGCGCUGCUGCCCAUACUACAAAGUUUGCCAGGACAGCGCUGGCGACGGCUACGGCGACUGGGUCGCACAGAACGACCCCGUCAUCAUGGAGGUCCUCGUCGGUCCCGAGUACGGCGGCUCGGGAACCCACGCCUGCAGCAACGGGUUCUGCAGGGCCUGUGACUUCGUGACGAGUGUUCCUCCGGCCGAUACUACCGUGUGCAACGAUUGGCUUGACGACGGCCCUGUGAUGACUACGAGCGGUUCUCUUUACAUCAACACCUACGGCUUGUGGGACCUCACGGACCCAGCCUGCAACUGCGGCCAGGGCUUCCUGGACAAGGUGAUGAGCGGCGAGUGGGUCCCCGCCUGCGGCAGCCCGACGCUGGUCCCCCCGACGGCGUCGCCUACACCAUACCCCGCGCAGGCGCCAACGUCCGUGCCAGCGUCUACGCCAGCACCAACACCGACGCCGACGUCGUCACAGACCUUAGCACCAUCACAAUCUCCCACUGAGCAGGUCGUUGUCUCUGCCGAGUACACAGCGGACGAGACUCUUCCUUUGGGCGUUACUUCGUCUGACCUCAUGGCCUCCGCUGUCUACGUGAUCGCUAAAAUGACGGGUUUAUCAGCUGCCUUGUCAGUAAUUGUGUCCGCACCUUGGCGGAUUACAAUGACGGGUUUCGACGUGAGUGUCCGUCGGCUCUCUGCAGCUGCCGGCCGGCUCUCGGGCUCAGUCACAGUCUCUGUGACGACCAGCUUCGAGGUUCAGGUCUCCGACCAGAGUGCUGCCGAUGACCUCUCCACUACGAUUGCUGGAGCUGCCGUCGAUAUCAAGGUUCAGACUGACAGUGCCAUGGCUGAUGCUGAUUGGAGUGAUGAGCCGGUGAUUACCACCGCUCCUACGAUGACGACUCCCGACGUGUCGGUUUUUGUUGUGGCGCCAACCCUGGAACCCACGAGGGCGCAUACGGCGGCACCGACCGCAACACCACCGCCCGCGCCGACGUCCGCACCAACUCACGUGCCGACGUCGGCACCGACCGCAGCACCAUCACAGUCUUGCCCGACGGGAUGCUUUUCUAACACGUGCGACUACAUGGUCCAGACCUUCGGGUACACCUGCGAUACUUUGACCUCUGUCUAUCAGUGCGACUGUAGUGGAUGCUCCCUGUGCGAUCCAACGCCUGCACCGCUGCCUACUCUUGCGCCUACGCUACCCGACGGGUACGCCUCGCGCGCCGAGAUACCCAGCGGGUGCGAGCUCGCAGACGCCGACAAGCGGGCCACCGACGAGACGUGCCUCUUCGACUCCCAGUGCUUGGGCGGGCGCUGCUGCCCAUACUACAAAGUUUGCCAGGACAGCGCUGGCGACGGCUACGGCGACUGGGUCGCACAGAACGACCCCGUCAUCAUGGAGGUCCUCGUCGGUGCCGAGUACGGGGGCUCGGGAACCCACGCCUGCAGCAACGGGUUCUGCAGGGCCUGUGACUUCGUGACGAGUGUUCCUCCGGCCGAUACUACCGUGUGCAACGAUUGGCUUGACGACGGCCCUGUGAUGACUACGAGCGGUUCUCUUUACAUCGACACUUACGGCUUGUGGGACCUCACGGACCCAGCCUGCAACUGCGGCCAGGGUUUCCUGGACAAGGUGAUGAGCGGCGAGUGGGUCCCCGUCUGCGGCAGCCC